UGAAAAACUCUCCAUGGACCAAACUGAAGUGAGCUUUUAAACUCAAAAACACGCACACAUAUGCUUUGGGGUAUGGCCGCCGCCACGUCCAGUCCGUACUUAUCCAGUAGCAGGGUCCUGCACACCGACAGGAGGGGAGGUAUGCAGCCGGUUACCACGGGCUCCAGCGGCUACCGGCCAGAGCCACCGGUCAAGAUGACUCAGAGCGACUUUAUGCAAGGCGCCGUUGUGGGGAAUGGGAGUCACAUGCUCAGCCACCAGUGGGUUACGUCGCUCCCUCACGCUGCAGCGGCAGCAGCUGCAGCCGCAGUGGCAGCGGCGGAAGCUGGGUCCGGGUGGCCUCCUUGCGCACCGGCACAGGAGGCAAAGAGGGGCUCGUCCCGCGAGGACCUUCACGCUGGCUCCACUUUGCACCACAGGACGCACCUGGGCGGACACCAGACGCACGCGGGCAGCUGGGGAGGCGGUUCGGGCGCGCAUCUUGCGGACCCAGCCCUGGGAUACUCUCAGACCGGCUUUACGGUUAAUGGCAUGCUCAGCGCGCACGGACACAACCUCGUGCACUCUGGCAUUGUGCGCGGAGACUCCCCUGAGCUGGACCCACACCAUCACCACCACAGCCAGCACGCGCACCACACGCACCACCAGCACCACGGCGUGGCGCACGAGCCACACUCAGAUGAGGACACGCCAACAUCUGAUGACUUGGAGCACUUCGCCAAACAGUUCAAGCAACGUCGUAUCAAACUUGGUUUCACGCAGGCCGACGUGGGACUCGCGCUGGGCACGCUCUACGGAAACGUGUUUUCACAGACCACUAUCUGCAGGUUUGAGGCGCUCCAGCUCAGCUUCAAAAACAUGUGCAAACUAAAGCCGCUCCUCAACAAAUGGCUGGAAGAGGCAGACUCAACCACUGGAAGCCCUACUAGUAUAGAUAAGAUCGCUACACAGGGCCGUAAGCGGAAAAAACGCACGUCCAUAGAGGUAAGCGUAAAAGGCGCACUGGAGAGUCACUUUCUCAAGUGUCCCAAACCGUCAGCCCAGGAGAUCAACGCUCUGGCAGACUCGCUCCAGCUGGAGAAGGAGGUGGUGCGCGUCUGGUUCUGUAAUCGCAGGCAGAAGGAGAAGCGCAUGACGCCGCCAGGACUGCCACGCUCACCCGAGGACACGUACUCACAGGUGGGCAGCUUGGGGCCCGACACACCGUCACCACCCGUGGACUGCAAACGGAUGUACAGCGACACGUGAGAAACAUCCGGGAGUUCAAUCAGCAACUUUCCUGUUUCCCAUAGCUUACCCAAAACUCUGACAUUUUACUGCACUAUAAACCAGCCUUUUGGAGAGAAAAAAAACAAAAACAACAACAACAAAACUUUCUAAUCAGAUCAAAUCAAAUGGAACCAGUUGUAACCAAAAGAAGAGGAUGCAUUUAAAUCUCUACAUCUUCUGCAGAUAUUUAUGUCAUUUCAAAGACUGCAGCGUAUGUUUCAAAAACAGA